UCUGAUUUCCCCACAGACAUGAAGGCUCUCCUCAUUCUGGGGCUGGUCCUCCUGUGUGUCACUGUCCAGGGGAAGGUCUAUGAGCGAUGUGAGCUGGCCAGAACUCUGAAAAGACUUGGGAUGGACGGCUAUCGGGGAGUCAGCCUGGCAAACUGGAUGUGUCUAGCCAAAUGGGAAAGUGGUUAUGACACACGGCAAACAAACUACAACCCUUCCAGCAAGAGCACUGAUUAUGGGAUAUUUCAAAUCAACAGCCGCUAUUGGUGUAAUGAUGGCAAGACCCCUAGAGCUGUGAAUGCCUGCGGUAUCUCCUGCAGUGUUUUGCUGAAAGAUGACAUCACUCAAGCUGUAAAGUGUGCAAAGAGAGUUGUCAGGGACCCUCAAGGUGUCCGAGCCUGGGUGGCUUGGAGAAACCGCUGUCAAAAUAAAAACGUCUCUCAGUAUGUGCGGGGUUGUAGAUUAUAA